AUGUUGCUCGGUUUAUGGAUAUCCGAAAACCAUCCACCAUCAACGACACACGAUGCUCAAUGCUACACGAAGCAUAGUUCGAGUAUUAAUACGAGUGACCAAGAUGGCUCAACUUUCGUAAUAGGAAGGGAAUCGAUGGUCCCCACAGAUGGCGUUGAUCCGUCAGAUGACGUUCGAGACGUCGACUCGGAAACAGAGGAAUCGUCAGUGGCACGCGGCGAGACGAAGAUCGGCGCUACGACUAGAUUCGUCGAGUUGUUGGCCACUAUAGGCUCGUUCCUGCUAGUGCUCGUUACGUUGCCCUUCUCGCUCUGCUUCACCUUCAAAGUCGUGCAAGAGUACGAGAGGGCCGUCGUGUUUAGAAUGGGACGGCUGAAAGGCGCCGCUUAUGGACCAGGCACGUUUUUCGUGAUGCCAUGUGUGGACAACUGCGUACGCGUCGAUCUGAGGACGGUUUCGUUCGACGUGCCUCCCCAAGAAGUUCUCACCAAGGAUUCCGUGACGGUGAGCGUGGACGCGGUCGUCUAUUAUCGCAUAAAAGAGCCAUUGAACGCCGUCAUCAAGAUAGCCAAUUACAGCCACUCGACUCGGCUACUGGCUGCCAGCACGUUGCGAACGGUGCUUGGGACGAGAAACUUGGCCGAAAUUCUCUCGGAACGUGAAACCAUUUCCCACACCAUGCAAACCUCUCUCGACGAAGCCACGGAGCCCUGGGGUGUCAAGGUCGAACGCGUUGAAAUAAAGGACGUUCGGCUUCCGGUGCAGCUGCAACGAGCCAUGGCCACGGAGGCAGAAGCCGCAAGGGAGGCUCGGGCCAAAGUGAUCGCGGCGGAAGGGGAGAUGCUGGCUUCCCGUGCCUUGAAAGAGGCCAGUGAUGUCAUUUCCACGAGUCCAGCCGCUCUUCAGCUAAGAUAUCUGCAAACGCUGAGCAACAUAUCCGCGGAGAAGAACUCGACCAUCAUCUUUCCGUUGCCGGUCGAAUUCUUGACACCAUUCUUCAACCGUGGCUUGUCGAGCCAGAUCGAGGGCCAGGGGAAUGGAAUUGGAACGGAAUCAGGGGAGCAGGGAUGCGCGGACCGGCUCACGACUCGACCUCACGUUCACUCGAACGGAAACAUGCCGGCUAAGUGAAGAUAGGCUUUGGUUUUUCCUCCAUCCUUAUUUUUCGUGAAAAUGUAAACUGAGAGGAAUCAAUAGUGGAGUUGAAGGACGUCGCAAAUGUGAAGACAUUGCUGCUAUAUCGUUUGGAAAUCUAGGAUCUGGAAAAAUUUUGUAUGAAUUUUGAAAUGGUAAAAAUGAUCAAUAGAUUUAUAUAUGAUGUCUAUGCCAAUCUAGAUAGUAGAUAGUGUGAUUAAAGAGCAUAAAGAAAAAUUUGAGUGAAAAUUAAAUUAUUAAAUAUUCAAAUUUAUUUAUAUGCCGUAGAAUAUUCGAUGUAAAUAUUAAGAAAAAGAAACAAUUAAAUGGCAACUUUAUUAUACAUAUACAUUUUCAUGAUGUGAUUUGGAACGAAGUUUUCCAAGUAAAAACGAUAUAUAUAUAUCUAUUUUAGGUUCCUAAUUCCUAAUUCUUGUAGGAUUUUUGUGAAAUGAUCCAUAAACAUCUGUGCAGUCAAUUAUGCACAUCGAA